AUGGUGUCGUCGGCAUCCGGUGUGGUGCUUCCCAGAGGCGUAGAGCCCCUCCCGGCCACGGACCAGCAUGAGCUGGAGCGUGUGGUGGCCUCCCUGAAGGCCAAGGCCCCGCAGUGGUGGGUGGUCGACGUCUUCCCCUCGGGCCUGGAGCGCCUGCUCAACGCCGGCUUCCGGGGCAGCGUCUGGGUGACCCCGGGGCAAGAGCCGACCCAGGGCGCGCUGUACGCGCGCAAGGCGGCGGGCGUGCCCGGCCCGGACGCCGGCGUGGCCCUGGUCCUGGGCGCGGGGAACCAGGUGUCGGUGGCCGCCUGUGACAUCCUGCACAAGCUGGUCGUGGACGACCAGGUGGUGGUCUGCAAGAUGAACCCCGUGAACGAGUACAUGGGGCCCUUUGUCGCGGCGGCGCUGGCGCCGCUGGUGCAAGCCGGGUACGUGGCCGUCGUGUACGGGGGCGGCGAGGUGGGGAGGGCCCUGUGCACCCACCCAGACGUCGACUCCAUCCACCUGACGGGAGCGGCGGCCACGUACGACGCCAUCGUCUGGCAGGGCAAGCCCAAGGUGGGCGACCCGCCCUGCACCAAGCACGUGGGCGCCGAGCUGGGCUGCGUCACGCCUUACAUCAUCACCCCCGGCCCCUGGACCGACGCGGAGCUGGCCUACCACGCCGACACCGUGGCCUCCGCCCUCAUCCUCAACGCGGGCCACAACUGCCUCAAGGUGGAGCUGGUGGUCACCGACGCGGCCUGGGAGCUGCGGCCCAAGUUCCUGGACGCGCUGCGCGCCAAGCUGGCGGCCUGCCCGCGCCGCGUCGCGUACUACCCCACCUCCGACGAGAAGUUCCAAGCCUUCCGGGAGCGCUUCCCCGAGGGCGUGGAGGAGCUGGGCCUGGAAUCCGGCCCUGGGACCAGCCCCUGGCUGUUCAAGGCGGGGCAGAGUGUGGACAGCGUGGACGCCCAGCACGAGAACUGGUGCGGUGUGCUGCAGGAGGUGGCGCUGGAGGGCACCGGCGGCGACCCGGCCGCCUUCCUGCGCGCGGCGGUGGAGUUUGCCAACGAGCGGGUCUGGGGCACGCUGUCCGCGGGCCUCAUCAUCCACCCGGCCACCAAGGCGCGUCGCGGCUUGCAAGGGAGGGGGGAUGGAGGGGCCGCCCACAGCGAGGCCUUUGAUGCCGCGGUGGCGGAGCUGCGGUACGGCGCCAUCGCCAUCAACUGCCCCACCACCAUGUGCUUUGUCAACACAUGCCUGCCCUGGGGCGGCUACCCGGGGAGCACGCCGCAGGACAUCGGGUCUGGCAACUGCUAUGUGCAUAACACCAAGCUCAUUGAUCAUCCCCAGAAGGGGGUCCUGGAGGCCCCAUGGACAGUCCGGCCCAAGCCCUUCUGGGCGACGCAGAAUCCCAGCCUGGAGGGCAUGGCGCCGGCCGCCCUGAAGUUCUUCGCCUACCCCACCGUGUGGAACAUGAUCAAGGUCAUCUGGAAGACGCUCGUGUGA